AUGACUAUUUUCAAACUUUCUUGGUCAUCAAAACGUCGAUUCGUUACGCCCGAUCCAUCGGCGGAAAGUGAAGGGGCUUUUGUUAAACGUUGCUCAAAAGUUCUCGAUCAGAUCAUUCACGAAGAGAGCAAAUUUCUUGAUACUUCUGACGGAGAACCACAGUCGAUCUUGUCAUCUGGAGGUGAUGCUUUAUUCAACAACGAGGAAGAAACUAUUAUAGACACAAAUCUUCAUCAUCAAAAAGAAAUGCGCGACGACUUUGAUAAAGAAAAUAAUGUACAAGGACAACCAUGUACAUCAUCGGCACCUGAUAUGGAAGAAUUGGGAGUUUCAGCUGUACUGUGCGGUGGGGUUGUAGAGACAAAUUCAAGUCGAGAAAUGAGAGUAUUCAAACGGGUUCUUCGCGAGCCACCUCUCCGCAAACCGUUUCAUCUUUUCUUGGAACAACAAUUCUGUGCUGAGAAUUUGAACUUUUAUGUGGCCGUUGAACAAUUUCAUGAUUUACCCCAUGAAUCUACCUCUAGAGCUGCUAUUGAAAAUCGAGAGCUUGUUGCAAGACGGAUAUACGAGAGACAUUUUGCUCCGAAUUCAAUGGAACCGGUAAAUGUUGAUAAUAGUACGAGUAAACGGAUUAGAGAAGCCAUCUCCGCCCAACAUUAUCAUCGGACAGUUUUUGAUGUAGCUCAAUAUCAGAUCUUUCAUUUGUUGAAGUACGAUUGUUGGCCGAGAUAUUUAAAAGCCGGUGGGAUUGCUCCCGAAUUCAGCGAUGAAGAAUUGGCUGAUGAGGCAGACAGAAAAGAUUCUGAUGGACGAGGAGAUCAUGAUGAUCAAGCAGGACCAAGUGGAGGUGGAGGAAAAGAAAAAGGACGAGGAUGGGCAUCGAGUGCGAUUGCAGCUAUUGCUGGCAGUGGAAGCCCGAAUAGUUCGACAAAGGAAAAGCGUCGAUCGGGUGGUUUUUGGCAUGGAUUCGAUCGGAUUAGUCGUCGAUUGAAGAAAGAUGGCCAAUCAGAGGCACAUCAAGGAUCGAGGAGUUCGGGAGGAGCGGGAAGUCCUGUUGCUGAGAAAAGACAUUCACAAGUACAUCGGACAAGCUCUUCAAGAGGAGGAAGUUCGAAUGAAGAAAGGAGAAAAAGUUACAGUUCUGAACUCGAAGAUGAGUGUUGCUCAACAACGGGUGGGCGACCAGGAGUUUCAUCGGUUGGAUCACGAAGAAGACAUCUUUUCUCACAGGGAAAACAAAUCUCAAUGCCAGCUGAGAUUCAUGCUCAAAUUUCAUCACAUCGAGUUGCACCAAGAGUCAUCAAAAAGUCGUGCACUUUAAUGAGUGGAGACUCGUGUUCAUCUGAACUUGUUGAAUUGGAUGAUCCGAGUUUUUCGGUAGCAAAAUGGACACAAACACUGUCAGCGAAGUUAGGAUUGGAUGCAAAAUGUUGUGAAGCGGUUGAUGCACAGACAGGAUGCACAAUCGAUCCAUGUCGACAAGCAAUUGAUGCCCUGCAGAAUCGUUUUGUGAGAAUCGUCCCUGUUGUGACAAUGGCUAUCGAAAUACUACCAAGCAAUUUCAACUUUAAAAGUCCACAAACAACACCACCAAAAAUUGUGCUCUUGCGUGCCCGACAUUCUCUAUCAACAGCUGCUGCAUUGAGACCACUAUUGGCAAAAUAUUCAGUUGAUUUGGCAAUGAUUGUUGUGGUGAUUGGAGGGACACUGGAACAAAUAUCACGUUUAAGUGUCCAAAUUGGGAAUAUUGGAUCGAAGACAUUGACUGUGAUGUCACAUGCUCAAUUUCAAGAACGUCAACAAGGCAAAGAAAUGGGUCGUGUAAAUUGGAAAGAUCCAUUGGCAUCAAUUCCACCAGAACAAAGUGCUCUUUUACAAUAUCAUCAACAUGGAGAUAUAUCAUAUUGUGAAAUAACAAGUGAAGCUGAAAGAGCAAAAUUGAGGGGUGAGCACAGUCUUGGAUUGACAAAAUUCUUGAGAAAAGCCUCUGCUGCAGUGACAAAUAAAGAAGAACCACCAAAGGAACAAAAAACAAGUCUCAAGGGAACACAAGCAACGGGUGUGCGUAGACGAAGUGUUGGACAAGGAGUUGCAUCGGGAGUGUAUUGUGGAGAAGAACCACAAAAUGAUCCCAAUCAAAAAGAACCGGCAAAAAAGAGAUUGUCCAUAUUCAAAAAUAAAGGCGAAGAAAGGUCGGGAGGUGAAAAAAGUCCGAUACCUGGAACAAGAAGAAGUCCACAAAUGGGUGUAAGAGGUGGAGAAAAGGAAAAAGAAAGUAAUGGAGACACGCCGAGAACACCUGCAAUCUAUGCAACAAAGAUCAUCAAUGAUGAAGAUGUGGAUUCCGGGGCUUUUAUCUGGCAACCAGCAGCCUAUGUU